UUUACCAAACGAAGAAAGAAUGGAUACGGAGUUGAAGGAUGAAGUGAAUCUCAAGCAGCUGUUAAAACAAUUUUUUUCCUUGCAAGAGGAAAGAGUCAAGACAUACAAGAUAUUUGAUGUUGGUUUCAAGUUGUACAUUUGUGAUUCAUCAGACUAUGACUUCCCAAAAUACCGCCAACAUGUUGACAAUGUUACCAAGAAGUUCAUCAGUAUCUCACAAGAAGUCAGAAAUAUUGAAGCAAAACUGAAAGAGAAUGGUAAACCUAAGCUAGGUAACAUCAUCAGAGGAAUACAGAUGAACGAAAAAGAAAAGCUUGACCUGACUGCCAAACUGCAGAUAACUGAAAAGGAUAGAGUUGAGCAUCCAGAAGAGGACUAUAGUGAAGAAUCAACAUCUUUAAAAUCAAGUCUUCAGAAAGUAAUAGAAAGUAUCAAUGAUCUUCUUGAAGAACUCAAAUAUGAAGCAGAAGAUAUAUUACUUGAAGGAGAAGAAGAGACAGAAGACAGAUGAAAAGAACUCUGCUGCUCCCUCACACCUCCCUGUCAUUGACUCCUUCCUGCAACACAGUAAACCUCAUGAAUAUCAACCUUAUACUUAGGGAGAGAGAUGUUAUUUGCCUCAUUUUUUAAAGAAUCCUUGCACAGGAAGAACAGCACAUGGAACCUCUAGAGAUAGCCAGGGCUUAAAAUAAUGGUCAAUCAGUCACCGGUCAUUAUCACAGGCCAAAUUAGUUUUAGCUUGGUCAUACCUCAUUUCUUGCGAAAUGUUACUGGUCAAAAUAACCAGCAAUGCAAAGAUUUGACUGGACAAGUGCCAGUCCUAGCUGGACAUUGUCUGAUGUCUGGCCAUUAUUUUAAGUCCUGAUACCACUGCAAAAAACUGCAAAUAUGUUGAUUGGCAGAAGCUUAAACAACAGCAGUCUAGCAUUGUCCAAAUAGACCUUUUUAGCAUGGCUGUAAUGUUUUUUCCAUUUCUUACAACGUCAUUCCUUUUGGAAUAAGUUUCAUUGUUUGAGUCUAUCCUGAUGUAACUUCUCAAGUACUAGUAAACAAAAUAAUAAUACUCAAGGGAAUAACACAUGG